AAUUCUUUCUCACUCUUAUAACUAAUCGAAGAGAAACCAGGAAACUAUAUUUUACAAAAUUAUCAAUAACAUUAUAUAAUUAACAGACUGUUAAUAAGGAAAAUAUGGCAUCUAGAGUAAUCAAUUUCUCAGCAGGACCUGCCAAGCUGCCUAUUGAGGUAUUGCAGAGGGCCCAGAAAGAAAUGUUAAACUACAAUGGUCUUGGAAUUAGUGUUAUGGAGUUGAGUCACAGAUCAGCUGAUUUCACAAAGAUUAUCACCACAGCAGAGAAUGAUCUACGUCAGCUUCUGAACAUUCCAGACAACUAUAAGGUCAUUUUCAAACAGGGAGGUGGAACUGGCCAGUUCUCUGCCAUUCCAUUGAAUCUGAUGAACUUCAAACCAGGAGGCACUGCAGAUUAUAUUGUGACUGGUACCUGGUCAGCUAAAGCUGCUCUAGAAGCUGAGAAAUAUGGCAAGAUCAACAAAGUUGUACCCAAAGUCUCUAAAUACACAAGUAUUCCAGACCCGUCCACAUGGAAUCUUAACCCAGAAGCUUCAUACGUCUAUUAUUGUUCUAAUGAAACUAUUCAUGGUAUAGAAUACCAGUAUAUACCAGAAACUAAUGGUGUACCCUUAGUCUGUGAUAUGUCCUCAAAUAUGUUAUCCCGUCCAUUUGAUGUUUCUAAGUUUGGUGCUAUAUUUGCUGGUGCUCAGAAGAAUAUUGGUUGUGCUGGUGUAACUCUAGUCAUUAUCAGAGAAGAUCUCAUUGGUCACGCCAUGCAGGCUACCCCAGUUAUAUUUGACUACAAAAUACAAGUUGGGAAUAAUUCUGUGUACAACACAGCACCUACAUACAAUAUAUACAUCCUUGGUUUAGUUUUACAAUGGUUGAAAGAUAACGGAGGUGCCGAGAAGAUGGAAGAGUUGUCUGCCAUUAAAUCUAAAGCAGUGUAUGACAUCAUUGAUAACUCAAAUGGAUUUUACUAUUCUCCAUUAGAUAAGUCAUGUCGUAGCAGAAUGAACGUAACCUUUAGGAUUGGUUGUCAAGAUGGAGAUGAAGCUUUAGAAAAAUUGUUUCUUGCAGAAGCUGAAAAACGUGGAUUGACCUCUCUUAAAGGUCAUAGGGCUAUUGGUGGAAUCCGUGCAUCAUUGUAUAACGCUCUGUCUGUAGAAGAAUGUAUGGUUCUUGUCACUUUUAUGCAGGACUUCUUAGAAAAACAUCAAUGAAGGAUCUAGAGUAAAAGAACAUCAAUGAAGGAUCUAGAGUAAAACGAACAAUCUUCAUCAUUUGAAUCUCUCUAGAGUUGUCCACAAAAAUUAGAACAAUUUAUUUUUACAUCGAAAUGAAUUGGACAAAAUGAAACUAAUGAAAUUUUUUCAGUUGACAUUUUUAACUAAUCAAAUGUGUUAGAUUGUUACAAGGUUGAAGUCCAUCAGUAGAUUGGACCAUUCAUUUUAUGUAAAAAAUGUAGUACAUCUGACGCUUGACUCAAAAUUGAAAUCUAGUCAUAACUAAACAGUUAACUCAUUGUAUCAUAAGUAGUGUGAUUCUGUUUAAAUAAUCAGAUUCAGAUAUGUUUUAAUCAUAACAAUUAUAUCGGAUUUAUUAUGUAUUGUUUUACGUAUGAAUUUGGUAAAAUUUUAAUGUGCAGCUACUAUAAUACAUGGCUCAGUAUAAGAACUGUUUUGCUGAGAAAACAUAUCUUAUGAUAUUUUAAUAGGGCAUAUAUGUAUUCGGGUUAGUUUGAAAUUAUAUGUUACAGUUAAUAUAUUUUUAAUCAGCGAAGGUUGACAUUGUCAAAAAGUUUUAAGGCCACACAAAUUGAAUUUUUGUUUGUUUGAUUAGCUGAUCAGAAAUUGGCAGAAAAUCCUUAAACGAAAAACAAGCACAUUUUUUCCCCUAAAUUCAAAGAACGAAAAAAUAAUUUGUGUAGCCUUUUAAUUCGAACCAAAGAUCUAUAUUUUUAAAUAUUUAUAUUGUAUUCUAUUUUAAAUACUCCAUGAAUAUUUCAUACUCAUUGGCCAUGUCUUGAUCACAUUGAAUUUUAAUCUCGUAUUUGAGAUGUAUUGGUGAUGAAGCCUUUAUUUUCUGUUUUAACAUUAGUUUGAAUACUCUUGUCAUAGACAUGUUAUACUUAACCAUAGGAGUGGGCUGAAUCUCUACAAAGAGUUUAAAAUCAUUUUUUUUAAGUUAUCUAAAAAGAACAAAUUUUAUGCUAAAACAUAACCUUUUAGAGAUCAAUCUAAGAGAGAUAUUCCCCCCUAAGAGGAGAUUCUAAAUCAUCAAUUUGGUUUAUGGAAAAUUUGAGACUAUGACACACCAGAUCUAUUAUUUUGCAUAAAUAUAUUAUUUUAUUUUUACAUCAUUUGUUUACUUUGUGUGUAGGAAUGUUCCAUUAAUAUAUAUAUAUAUAUAUAUUAAAAGGCCUUGAUAGUUUAAUUCUGGAAUUGGAUAUAAUUUUCAUAUUUUAUAUAUCAUUAUUUUAAGGGCUGUUCCAGAUUUAAUUGUUUGGGGGACUGAAGAAACUUUUAUUAAAAUUUACUGAUGGUGAUUAGUUCAGAAAGAUCAACAAUUAUAGGAAAUAAUUAAUUGGAACUUUAUGCAUGGAGAUGUAAAAAGAAGUGCUUUUUACCCCCACCCCUUUUUAUUUCUGGUGCAGCAUUCAGCAAAGGAUAAUAUACCUCUCCAUACAAGCAACAUCUUAGUGCCUUAAUACCCUAUGUGUUAAUGGAAUAUUCCACAUGUACAAGUGCUUAUGUACUUGUAUGUUGUUAUUAGCUAGUGAUUCACGUUGUUAUCAUUUUAUCCAUUAUAAAUUACUUGAAUGUUAGCAUUUAUCAUUGUAAAUUGUUUCAUUACACAGUCAUUAUCAUAAAUACAUGUAUGUUGAUUAUGAGAUUAAAAAUGGAUAAAAAUGA